CGUUUUAAAGAUCUCUCUCUCUCUCUGUGUUUCUCUUUCUUUGGUCUGGAGGAAAAGUUAAAAAAAAAAAACAAAACACACAAAAGAACAGCGAUCGUCGACAGACUAGGGAUCAGUCGGAGAAAAAAGAUUUGUAAUUUGAUACUUUUGAAAUCUUGAGUAAUCUCGGCCAUGGCUUCUUCUGGUAAAGAGCGUGACACUUUCGUCUACCACGCUAAGCUCUCUGAGCAAGCUGAGCGCUAUGAAGAGAUGGUGGAAUCAAUGAAAAAUGUUGCGAAAUUGAACGUUGAUCUGACGGUGGAAGAGAGGAACUUGCUCUCUGUGGGAUACAAGAACGUGAUUGGUUCAAGGAGAGCUUCCUGGAGGAUCUUUUCCUCGAUUGAACAGAAGGAAGCUGUGAAAGGGAAUGAUGUUAAUGUAAAAAGGAUCAAAGAUUAUAUGGAGAAGGUUGAGUUAGAGCUUGCAGACAUAUGUAUUGAUAUUAUGUCUGUCUUAGAUGAGCAUCUCAUUCCAUCGGCUUCUGAGGGUGAAUCCACUGUCUUCUUCAACAAGAUGAAAGGUGACUAUUACCGCUAUCUUGCUGAGUUCAAAUCAGGGAAUGAGAGGAAAGAGGCUGCUGAUCAGUCUUUGAAAGCCUAUGAGAUUGCUACUACUGCUGCUGAGGCUAAACUCCCUCCAACACACCCUAUCAGAUUGGGUUUGGCUUUGAAUUUCUCUGUCUUCUACUACGAGAUCAUGAACGCACCUGAAAGGGCAUGUCACCUUGCUAAGCAGGCGUUCGAUGAUGCUAUCUCAGAGCUUGACACUCUGAAUGAGGAAUCCUACAAAGACAGCACCUUAAUUAUGCAACUCCUUAGGGACAAUCUGACCUUGUGGACUUCUGACAUCCCAGAAGAAGGAGCAGAUGAUGCCCAUAAGACGAAUGGUUCUGCCAAAGUCGGUGCAGGUGGAGAUAUAGCAGAGUGAUCUGAUAUGUGUGCACCCAUAAUAGCGGCAGCCAUGGUCAUUAUGUUUCGAGAACAACUAAAUGCGCGGUGAAUAAUAGCGAAACGUAGGGUUCCUCUGUUUCCUGUAUCAUUAAUGUCUAUGUUACUUGUACGAUGGUUUAGUCCCAUAUCUCUCUGGUUUGAAUGUAUUGCAUCAUUUGAUGCCUGACUCAGGACACUGCGUAUUUGUAAUUUAUUUUUCAGUACUGUCUUCUUACUAUAUGUCCUUAUGGAUCCAGUCUUUAUAUAUCCCUUCAUGUCUGAAUUGCUCAGACAGAAGCUGUUUGGUUUUCAAGUA